UGGCUCAAAGCGCUGAUUUCUCAAGAUGAGCAGGGUUCUCGCUCCGAGUUGGCCUUUCCUUCUGACCAUUCUCCUUUCGGCCUCAUGGACCUUCUUGGGCCACCUUGGCCUUCGGUCCGCGCCGUCUCGGGGAGAUCUUCUGCAGAGACGAGCGUUGAAGCGCCUCACCAAGAAGGAAAAGGUCAUGAAGACUGUGUCACGCAUUAAGGAGGCGGGCGCCGGCCAGCUGAGCAACCGGCUCAUCAAGAAACAGCUCAAGAGGGUGAACAAGAUUGCGGAAGACGAUGCAUGGGUCAAUGAGUUCCUCUCGUUCUCUCGGCCAAUGCCGGUGGGCGGCGAGUUCAUCAUGCCAGCCGAGGUGGCGAAAGCAGCCUUAGAAGAAAUCUAUGGCGAGGGGCCGGACCUGCAGAACCUUGAUUUGGAGGAGUUUGAGGAUGAUGCUCCCAGUGAAGACGAGGUUCAGGACUGGGAGCGCUUGAGGCGUAAGGUGGAUCCUUCCAAGUCGCCGGGCACCACUUCCACGUCCCGGGUGCGCUGGACCAACGUCCCGGGCGUGCAGCGCUUCGUGGCGGGGCUGCCGAGUGAGAUCGCCACCGGGAAGCAUGCCGACAUCGGGGGAUCAGUGGCCAACCGAGGUUUUCAGGAUGUGUGGAUCAGUGGUGCCUCCGUUCGCUACGACUACGAGGAUAAGCCCUGGUAGAGCGUGAUGGCGCAAGAAAAAGACUUGUGAUGCUGCGAUGCACCAGUGGAGGACGCUGACCACAUAGGGCGGAAAGUGUGCACUCCUUUCCAAUAGGAUUCUCCUUUUGCGCGGUGUUUGCAACAAGAGAGCUGCACUCUACUUCACACAGUCAUGGAAGUGGAACAUGGCAUUCUGAACGACCAUGGCACAGGGUGCAUGUUGAGAUUCGUGCUUGUGUGAGGAAGGCUCAGUAGCUUUGAU